AUGAUAAACUUCUGGCCCAAAAGAACCUGGCCCAAAGGCGAGUGCGAAAGAGUCGGGUCCACAAGCGAAUCGGGAGCCUUGAUAGAGGAGGUGGACUCGUCUGUCUUGUCCAACCCCUCAACCAAGUUGUUGAUGAGGUGCUCGUCUUCCAACACCGUGUGGGGCGACUUGUCCCCCUGUUCGGCCUUGAUGGCGGCCGAGGCCGUCGCAGACGCGGACUCUAUUGAGGACUCUGCUCCGUGGGUAGCCAUCCCCAAAAUUUCCUAG